AUGUCUCAACCUACUGGUGAUCUUGGUUUGAUCGGUUUGGCCGUAAUGGGUCAAAACCUGAUUUUGAACGCCGCAGACCACGGCUACACUGUGGUGGCCUACAACAGAACAGUGUCGAAAGUCGACCAUUUCAUGGCUAACGAAGCCAAGGGUAAGUCCAUCAUUGGCGCCCACUCGAUCCAAGAGCUUGUGGACAACCUAAAGAGACCCCGUCGUAUUGUGCUGCUAGUCAAGGCCGGCGCUGCCGUGGACGCUUUCAUCGAGCAGCUGCUACCCUACCUCGAGAAGGGUGACAUCAUCAUCGACGGUGGUAACUCGCACUACCCAGACACCAACCGUCGUUACGACGAGCUAAAGGCCAAGGGUAUCAACUUCGUCGGUUCCGGUGUCUCUGGUGGUGAGGAAGGUGCCCGUUACGGUCCUUCUUUGAUGCCAGGUGGUGCCAUUGAGGCCUGGCCACACAUCAAAGAGAUCUUCCAAGCGAUCUCUGCCAAGUCCGACGGCGAGCCUUGUUGCGACUGGGUGGGUCCCGCAGGUGCUGGUCACUACGUCAAAAUGGUCCACAACGGUAUCGAGUACGGUGACAUGCAGCUCAUCUGUGAAGCCUACGACAUCAUGAAGCGUGUGGGUAACUUCACCGACAAGGAGAUUGGUGACGUUUUCGCCAAGUGGAACUCUGGUGUUUUAGAUUCGUUUUUGAUCGAGAUCACUCGUGACAUUUUGAAAUACAACGACACAGACGGUACUCCUCUUGUCGAGAAGAUUAUGGACUCUGCUGGUCAAAAGGGUACCGGUAAGUGGACCGCUAUCAACGCUUUGGACCUAGGUAUGCCUGUCACCUUGAUUGGUGAGGCUGUUUUCGCUCGUUGUCUAUCUUCGUUGAAGAGCGAAAGAGUUAGAGCCGCUAAGAUUUUGCCAGGCCCUCAAAUCGCCAAGGACGGUGUUAAGGACAAGCAACAAUUCGUUGACGACUUGGAACAAGCCUUGUACGCCUCCAAGAUUAUCUCUUACGCUCAAGGUUUCAUGUUGAUCCGUGAAGCCGGCAAGACUUACAACUGGAAAUUGAACAACCCAGCCAUCGCAUUGAUGUGGAGAGGUGGUUGCAUCAUCAGAUCUGUUUUCUUGGCUGAAAUUACCAAGGCUUACAGAGACGAACCAGAAUUGGAAAACUUGUUGUUCAACAGCUUCUUCACCGAAGCCAUCACCAAGGCCCAAUCUGGCUGGAGAAACACCAUUGCUUUGGCUUCUACCCAAGGUAUCCCAACCCCAGCUUUCUCCACCGCUUUGUCCUUCUACGAUGGUUACAGAUCUGAAAGAUUGCCAGCCAACUUGUUGCAAGCUCAACGUGAUUACUUCGGUGCCCACACUUUCAGAAUCCUACCAGAAUCCGCUUCUAAAGAAAUGCCAGAAGGCCAAGACAUCCACGUUAACUGGACUGGUAGAGGUGGUAACAUUUCUGCUUCUACUUACCAAGCCUAA